GAUGUUGUCGCAUAUCUUUACUAGAACGCAGUGGUCAGCCUGGCUUGUAAAAAAUUCCCGUCGUUCUAUGUCCAAUCUUAACCGUCCUUCUCCUCCGCCUCUUCCACGAGAACUUCAAAGAGAGUUCGAGGAACUUCAGCGCCAGGCCCAAGCACCUCUAUCUUCGGGCACCCCGUUAUCUGAUGUGGAAGCAGAACUGGCAAUGCACCCCGAUGCGCGGAAACCCGUCAAGCCGGCCUUUGACGGGGAUGUGAAUCCAGUGACGGGAGAGCAAGGUGGUCCCAAGCAGGAACCCGUCAAACAAUGGGGAACAGAAGAUGGCGGGGAUUGGAGCUUCAAGGGCCGCGUGUCAGAUUUUUGAUAUCUAGUGGGAAGAUUGGGAUUCAUAAUGAUAUAUUACUGCUUCUUGUACGCCGUCGGCUGUAAUGCUGCUGCCUUCCUCCAUGGCGUACGACGUCUCGCUUGCCAACUUGUGCAUACUUGUAUGAUCGCAAGGGCCUGUCCAUCUCUCGGAGUCUUCACUACUAGUCACUAGUCAAUCGUGGCCACCUGGGUCUCCUUGGUAGACUGGAAGCAGUAAUUAUUUGAUCGAAACAAGCACCCUACUUCGGGUUCCAGGCUUACUUUGUCCAGUUGACUUGGUUGUAAGAAGACCGUGUACGAGCCUCGCUAUAUGCCCACUGGUGUAUAAAGAUAGUGAAUAUCCACAUGCAAUUCCAUGAUAUUCUCAAAUGCCU